GGAUCAUUCAGAUCAAAGUCCGACCCGUAAUGAAUCGUGAUCUCGUCCCAAUCUCCCUCUCUCCCCUCUCUCUCUCUCUCUCUCUUUCUUUCUUGUGGACGGCGAUCAGGGAGCGUCACCGAGCGGAGGCGACGCUUAUACAGGUGCUUGUUAAAGGUUUCUCAUAAUGGCUGGAAGCUCUCAGAUCCGGACUAAUAGUUCUGCCCUUAUAGCUAUGAUUGCCGAUGAGGAUACGGUCACUGGUUUUUUGCUCGCUGGUGUUGGGAAUGUUGAUAUUCGGCGAAAAACAAAUUACCUUAUUGUGGACUCAAAAACAACUGUGAAGGCAAUAGAAGAUGCAUUUAAAGAGUUCACCUCAAGGGAGGACAUAGCUGUUGUUUUAAUCAGCCAAUAUAUUGCGAACAUGAUCCGCUUCCUAGUCGACAGCUACAAUAAUCCCGUGCCCGCCAUCUUGGAGAUUCCAUCGAAAGAUCAUCCGUACGACCCUGCUCAUGAUUCUGUUCUUUCUCGUGUGCGGUAUCUCUUCUCCGCAGAAUCAGUGGCCUCAGGAAGACGCUGAACUCUUUCUCGUUUCCAUGCAACAGAUCGAUUGAUCCAUGUCUCCCGGUUUGCUUCUAUUCUUCCCUCCCUAAAGUUCAAGACUAUAUUGUGUAUAAUAAUCCUCCAUUUUAAUGGCGGAACAAACAAAUUCACUUCUGUCGAUCUGGUGAAAACGUUUUGCUGACUGAAUUACGAUCCCUAGUUUCGACCGGUA